UUUUUUUUCUUUUCUUUUUUCGCUUCCCUGCUGUUGGCGAAGGAAUGGCGAAAGAAAGAUGGGGAAGGUUGACUGCGUCGAGAGUCAGUCGCCUCCAGCUUCUAGAAAGGUCUCGGGGAAUCGAAAAGUGGCUUCUGUGGAAUGUCUUAGACACUCCAGCGGCCCGUUCUCAACAAAGGCUUUCUUUCUUCUUGGCCAAGUGCGCCAGCGGGCGAUAUUUUGAAGUUCACAGUCAUGGCCGUUGAUAUGCGGCCAAACCAAUACUAUUCAACUCGUACGGACGGAGUACAGUGCCCACUCGAAGAUCAGCGGAUCAGCCUUCACCAGCCGACGCGCGCCAGGAGGCAUCUUGUCCAUGUGGUAUCCCUUCCUGGAGGCCUUGAUCCGAAACACAUGGCUAUCUAUGCUGUCAAAUUCCUCGGGUCGCAUCUGCCAGCUCUCGCUCCCUCUGGCGCUCGUACGUCGCGCUGGGCUCUGUAUGAUCGUCGCGGGAUCCGGAGAAUGAUACACGUCCCGCAACGCAUGGCUCCUGGCAGAAACAAAGAUCUUCUCGGGACGCGGCAACCCCAUCCCAUGUUGCCGCUCUCCGUUGAUAACAGAUGCGGUAUCAUGCACUAUCUUCGAGCCAGCCUUACGUGGCGAGCCGUCUCAUCUCUCUUGCCGCUGGCCGAGCCGUCGUACCUAUUGGAUGGUACUAAGCGAGCGCUACGGGCUUGUAUCACGAAAUUCCCACUCGCUACAUGAUAUGCAAACAGGGUUUUGUUUCAACGCCAAGGUCUGCAGAGCAUUGCU